AUGGCGCUAAGGAGAAAAAGAUCAUGCCAAGGCUUAAAAGAGUGCAAAGGAGUAUGGGAAACCUUGAACAGCUCCCAUACUUGGGGAGGGACAGCUGUGCAAUGUAAAGCUGGCCCAGGCACAAAAAGACAGAUAAAAGAGGCUGUGUUUCAGCAGAAACUGCGGCAAGAUAAAAUGGAAGAAGAUUCAAACCAGAUGCGAUGGCAAGUGCAUCUUGGCAAACCCCCACUUUCUACAAAAAAGAAAAGGCAAAUUCUUGAGGAAAGAAACAUUUUUGAAGAAGAAUACAAGAUUACAAGAGGUGAUCCUAUACCUGAAAAAGAAUUCCCUCGAGGAGAAUCACAGAUUUUAUUCAAGCGAGUGCUACGCAAUGCAGGAAAGUUGCCAAACUAUGAGCCAACGUUUGAUAUUUAUUCCAACAAUCUCUGGAAUGUCCGACAUUGCGCUUUUUAUCGUUUUCAACAAGCAGCAUGGAAGGUCCUGAUCCAGUGUCGAGUAAAUAGUCGAUUGGCUUUAUUAAAACAACUAAUUGAAGAUCUUAAAGCAUCGCUUAAUGAAAAAAAGCACAGGCCAGGUGAAGAGAAUUUGGCUCAUAUUUCCAAAAGUCCUGUGAAUGAGAAGGAAUGUCCUUUAAAACUUUCACUGGAUAAUCUAAAGCAAUUUGCAUUCCCUUCAUAUACAUUUCCUGACUCUGUGGACGAACUGGCACCUAACAGUCUUGGACCAGUUCCUGUGAAGCCAUUGGAAGUGUCUAUCAAAAUGCCAUCCAGGUUCUACAAUUUAAAGGUUCCACAGCACUACAAAUUAAUGGGUUACAGUCCAUUAUCAGCUUAUGAUUCUUCAACAAGGUACAUUCCACAAAACUUGGCUCGACCACUUAAGAAAGGUGCAGAGGAUGAACUAGUUCCAGCAGUGCCGGCUGACAAAAUACAUCUUGGACCCAAUACACAGUCAGAAGAUUUUGAGGAACAGCAUGAAGACUUUUCACAAUCCAAAACAGAAAAACCUACUGAAAAGCUAAUGGGUCCUUUAACAUUAACUCCACCUGUAGCUCUACUGAAACCUCCAGAUUAUCACCCUCUUCAUGUCUUUAAUCCAGUUCCAGGACUCUUUGCCAGAAAGCAACCUCUUUCCUACACAGAAACAGACAUUGAAUUCCAUCUUUGCCCUCUUCCAAGAUACAAAGUGACCAGAGACUGUACAGGGGGCAGUAGUAUCCCUAGCACUCAAAAGCAAUUCUUAGACCAUGAGGAUGUAAUACAUGGAAUAAUGACUUGGAAGAAGUUUCCUUCAGCAUCACUUUCGACUGAGCUCAGCAAUCCAUUGAUGACAAACACAUGGCUAUCUCAAUGGUGUGAUCCGUUUGGCACUGAUUUGCUUCCAGUUGAUGUACCACCUAUACUGUAUGGCUUGUCAGACAAAGAAAAAGAAAACAUCACAGGAAUGGAUGGCAAUGAAAAGGAACAAAGAGUGUUGUUGACACCUGAAAUGCUAACAGCUGAAUUUCCUCUGCUCGGAGGUUCAGUUCCUCAAACAGAAGAAAGAAAAGAACGAGCAAUAGAGGAAAGAGAUAAGAAAGACCGAUGUGUGGAACAGAAUUUGCAGUCCCAGAAUACACUUGGAGCAAAAGCUCAGGCAUGGCUAAAUGAAAUCAGAUCAGUUUCACACAAUAAAAACUUGAUUCCUGAAUAAAUCAUCAUAUAAUAUAUUUUAUAUCUUUUCAAAGUGGCAUAUGAUGUUUUGAUGUUUUGCAGCUUUUUUCUUGUAUGUACAACAGAAUCAUUCUUCAUUUAAUAUAAUACCAAAAGAUGGAAAAUGCAUGUAGAAUAAAUGGAAUGAAGUGCUCUUUUGAAAUAGAAUUUUUACUAUUAAAUGCACAAGCAACUUGCUUUCAUAAACCAUGUAUUUUAAUACUUUUGUAAAUUAUUUUAAAAAAUAUAUUUUAAUGGUACUCUGAACUUUCUCAUCAGCAUACGGAAUACAUUCUGUUCCCUCAUAUACAGCUAGUAAUGUCUUGUUCCUUUGCCAUUAGAAAUGUUAAUGUUCUGAAGUAUGUGAACUUCAUGAUAAUGCAAGUAGCAGCGCUGCUGCUGGCUGUGAUUUGUACUGCAUACAUUGUGUGUUUUUCUGCAGCUACAUUAAAAUGAAGCUAGCUAAAACAUA